GCCAAGUCCACGGCAAGCACUCAGGAAGCAUUGGUCAAGAGUAGUGUGGUGAGGCCUCCCUUUGUCUGUGCUCUCCAUCCACUUGACUUUUCCUUCACAACACCCACUGCCAAAGCAGUUGGAUUAGUGAUGUGCGCACACCUUUGUUUGUUGCCCAAACCCCCAAUUAGCCAACGGGUUGCAUGACGGCAGGGAGAACCUGGGCCUCCCUUGCUCAGCGUUGCUUCUCGGGGCACAAUACACAGUAGGUUCUCAGUAAACACUUGUCAAGUGCUUGGAGACAUAUAAUCACUGCCUUGUUUUUGUUGUCCAGAGCCCCCUGCCUUUAACAGCAAAGUAAAUACAGAAACGGUUUCCCUUGACCAGUGGGAGAAGCCAGGAUGGAAAUUUCAGCCACCCCGAAGGACUAUGACAUGACCACAGAAUAUGACUAUGGGGGCUCAACCCCCUGCCAGAAGACAGAGGCGAGGGCCUUUGGGGCCCAGCUGCUGCCCCCCUUGUACUCCCUGGUAUUUGUCGUUGGCCUGAUUGGCAACAUCCUAGUGGUCCUAGUUCUCAUGCAAUACAAGAGGCUCAGAAGCAUGACCAGCAUCUACCUCCUCAACCUGGCCAUUUCUGACCUGAUCUUCCUCUUCACACUGCCCUUCUGGAUUGACUACAAGCUGAAGGAUGACUGGGUUUUUGGGGAUCACAUGUGUAAGUUGCUCUCUGGGCUCUAUUUCAUCGGCUUGUACAGUGAGAUCUUCUUCAUCAUCCUGCUCACCAUCGACAGGUACCUGGCCAUUGUCCAUGCAGUCUUUGCCCUGCGGGCUCGGACCGUCACCUUUGGUAUCAUCACCAGCAUUGUCAUCUGGGUCCUGGCUAUCUUGGCUUCUGUCCCAGGAUUUCACUUUUCCAAGACCCAGUGGGAGUUCACUCACUAUACCUGCAGUCUUCAUUUUCCUCAUGAAAGCUUAAGAAAGUGGAAACAGUUCCAGGCUCUAAAAUUGAACAUCUUGGGGCUGGUGUUACCUCUGUUGGUGAUGAUCGUCUGCUACACAGGGAUUAUAAAGAUUCUGCUCAGACGACCAAAUGAGAAGAAGUCCAAAGCUGUGCGUCUGAUUUUUCUCAUCAUGAUCAUCUUCUUUCUCUUUUGGACCCCCUACAACCUGACUGUCUUUGUUUCUGCUUUCCAAGACUCCCUGUUCACCCAUGAGUGUGAGCAGAGCAGACAGCUGGACCUGGCCAUACAAGUGACGGAGGUGAUUGCCUAUACCCACUGUUGUGUCAACCCCGUGAUCUACGUCUUUGUUGGUGAGAGAUUCCGCAGGUAUCUACGUCAGUUGUUCCAUAGAGCAGUGGCUAAAUGGCUCCCCUUCCUCUCCACUGAGAGGCUGGAGAGGGUCAGCUCCAUGUCCCCCUCCACAGGGGAGCAUGAACUCUCUAAUGGGUUCUGACUCAGCCCCCUGGAGGCUGAUCCAGGACCCAGGAAGAGUAACCUGCCAGCCAUGCUGCCUGGAGCCGAGACGGCUUGUCCCUCCUGGCUGGAUUCUGACGCCUGACACACCGUGGAGUGGUAGCCACGCAGGGUUGAAGGAGCUUCAUGGCAGUAUAGACUAUAUCACCUGUGGGGCUUGAGUUUCCCCCUGGUCGUCUCUUUGGUAAAAGGAGAUCAAUGAAUGAAAUGGUACAUUGCUGAAGAGUGGGACAAAAGAUGACAGGGAAGGUCUUGGUCCCAACAAAGUUUCAGACUUGUGAACAGUAACAUUUGUAAGCCAAGCCGCUGAGCAUCCCCCACCGCUGCCCCCAUCAGCAAUGACUUGGAAAUAGUGAUUUUCAUAGUUGACCCCACUCUGAGCCCAGAGCUUGUCAGGUGCCAGCAGCCACCUCCACCCACCUCACCCCCACUGCAGACUGUAGCAUCCUAGACACCCGGAGAAAACUAGAACUCAUGAUGCAAGAACUUGAGACCUGAUGGGAAAUAGGAUUGGGGAACUGCUAUGGGCCGUGGAACUAAGAAAACCCUUAGAGAGAUCUUUAUAUUUAUUAAUCCAACGGUUCAGGCAGUGGGCUAGACACAGACCUAAUGUAUCAAAUGUUGUACUUCUUGAAAUAACCAUACAGGGAAUGAUGUCAUUAUUUCCUUUUACCAUUCAUUUCUUCCUAGGUAUUGUUCAGAAUCUCCCUUCCCUGAAAGUUGAGGAGCAGGGCAGUUAAUUCUGACAGCUUUGUUGAGGCAUUUGCUAAUGGGCAAAAGGAGAUUGGGCUGGUUUUCCUCCUCUGGUUCUCCAUCCAGUCCUUCUGGCUUUAUGGAUCAGAGGCUGGCUGCCACCUUGGACCCACCACUAGGACCAUGACCUGGUUUGCAAGCUGACGGGGUUUGAGGCCAGUGGGGGUACAAUGUCUACCAGGAAGGGUGGGCACUCUGCCAGUGCCAGAGUUUGAGGGGCCCUUAAGUCAAGCUCAUUUAUCCCAAAGAUCCUUAACACUUCAGCUCUCACCAAGGACCUCCUGUCCAUUGUGUCUUUCUUCCUCUUUGCCUCAGAUGUAUGUUUCCUUAAAAAUGAUGUUCUUAAUAAGAAAAAUGAUUUUCGAGAAAAGCUUAAAAACACAAAGGGG